ACUCACCCAUUUAUUUGCUUUGCAUGUCGCUUUCUGCAAAAUAGAAAGUUGUCCGUAAAAAUUCAAGUUAACUCUAAACCACAAAAAUAGCGUCAGAAGCCCUUUUUCCACGUCAGCCUUCUUCAAUUCUUGUAGCUUUAACCUUAUUUUUCCGUGACUACCAGCUCGUGUCUCAUUUCAGCUUUGUGACCCGCCCUCAAGGCGACAGCAACGACUGGGUCCGCUGUAGUUUGACAAUGGGACACAUGCAUGAAACCAAGUCUUUGAUUGAUUUGCGUGACGGCACCAAGGAAUCGGCCAUCAUCAGACAGUUAUUAGUGGACGAGGCAGAAAGAGAGAAAUUGUGUGGCCUGCCUGCCUGCAUGCAAGCCAGUCUCUAGAGGAAUUGAGCUGUCUCUCGGAUUGAUCUCUCAACGCGAUUGUCCCUUUCGCCACUGUUCUUUCGUUCUUUCUAACGACUAGAGAAGCUACAUCAGCAGUGGCGGUCGUGUGGAACCUAAAAACCUGUCUUUUUCCUUGAGAGCGGAGUGCUCGCUCUGUCCUCGCAUUGGUGGUGGUGGUCCUUGCUAUCAUAGCGCUAAAGAUCCUUCCUUCCGUCAAUUCCGAUAUCCGUGUUUGGUUGGCGUCGACCACUGGAACAAGAACCCCUCUUCAGCAUCAAAGCAUCACAACUUGGCAGCAUGGCGAACCGAAAGAAGAGCAAUGGAGCGAUAACCACGUCGUCGCCGACAUCUAGCACUGGAAAAGCCAGUUCGCACGCCGAUGACGAGAACACGACGGCGGAAUUUCGACAAUUGGUCGUCCAGGAACAGGUCCGAUCUUUGCGUCGUCGUCUGUGGCGAGCCUUUCAAAAUGAAGACGUCCAUUUGGCCAUGCGGGCCUACAAGGCCACUUCCAGAGACUUGCAGAAAUGGAUCCAACAGGAAAUUGAUCAAGCCAAACACAAAGAGGACCAAAGACUCCAGGAAGAAAAGGACAAGAAUGGCGCUCAGAGAACCUCCAUGAUGAAGAAACUGAGCUUGAGCUCCAUUAUGAGUUCCAGCAGCACUCCCAAAAAGCAACAACCAUCACCCGCAAACAGCGAAAAGCCAAAACGAAUGAGUUUUCGAAGAAAGUCUAGCGCCUCAAAUGUAGCAGCAUCAACCCCGUCCAAGGCGAAAAAUCCUAGCAACAACACCGCGCCGUCAGAGGAAACUCCUUCGGAAUUGGAUCUCAUCAUGUCUGACACGACAAACAAUGACACGGCUCUGUUGCCGCUGCACAUGAAUCCAUCAGAACCAUUCCUGUUGGACGAUUACAAAGAUCCUUCUUACGAAAUUGACCCGACAACUGGCGAACCUCGAUCUAUAGCGGCCAUGAGCGAACCCGAAACGGGAGAUCCUCCAACCGCAGCGGCCCAAUCACAGCCUGGUUCCACGCGACACUUUAAAUCGUUUCGAAAGCGCAAAAGCAGAACGUCGCAACCACGUACUCCCGCAUCCUCAUUCUGGGCAAGUCUGAAAAUAUUGGAAGGUCGGCGGGGUGCCAGAGAAGCCGCGGCAGCAACUACUUCUACCGCCACUGACACCCCUUCGGAAUUGAUGGAGCCUUCCGAGAGCACAGCUCACCCAGAAUCGGCCACUGCCAACGAUGUACAAACCAUUGCUCUAACUGACCCCAGAAUGACGACGCCUUUGCACGAGGCGGCACGGUUGGGUGAUGCCGAGUUGGUGCGACUCAUGCUGGUACACCCGUUUGUUGAACCCAACUUUAAAAACGGACAACGGAGAACCGCCUUGCACAUGGCUGCAGGAGGUUGGACCGAACCGGAGGAAAGAUUGUGGCGCACGUUGCAACAUAAGAUCAUGACCAAGCUGAACCACAAAAAGAAACAGCAAGGGUCAGCCGCCGGUCUGAAAAGUGCCAAUGGAACUACAGCUUCUACCGUAGGUAUUUCGGCUCCAGAACCAGUCGAGAUCCAAUUGGCGGACGGCACUGACGCGGAGGGUGGAGGCUCGUCCAUGGUCGGCGCCAAGAAGGCUGCACGCGCCAUGAGCAAGUUCUUUCACACGACAUUUUCUUCUGGAGGAAAAACCGGAGACACUAAUGAUGGCAAAAACCAAAAGGACGCUUCUCCAAUGGAUGCUCCUGGUUAUUUGGUGUGGGACGAACAUUUGUGGAAUCAAUUGAAAACGGAUCGCAUGGAUUGUCUCUUGGCAAUCUUGUCGUGGUCCCACCCUGAUGACGGGACAACAAGCGCCGGUGAAGGAGCCUCGGUCAACGCAGUCGACGCUCAAGGGAGAACCGCACUCCAUUAUGCGGCAGAGCUUGGCAGAGAAGAUGUUUGCAUGGCCGUGCUUUCAUCGUUUGGGGCCAUGUUGACUGUAGUUGACGACAGCGCUAGAACGCCUUGCGAACUUUCCGCAGAACAAAACCAUCCAGAGCUGGCUGCUCAACUUGAGGCCAGGGCAUUGUUGUAUUCUGAUCCUUAUGGGAUGGACGACGAGUUACUGGCAGCGGUCAUGGCAGAACAGCAGACGCCAGAUGACAACGAUUUAGACGCUAGCGAGAGUGAAAAUAUCAACUUGGUCAAAGCCCGCUUGUCCCUCGCAGCUCCCUACUCUUGGUUUCGCACACUUUCCAUGCAAGAUGUUGACAAAGAUCGAACCAAGCGGCUGGCGGAGUGCUGUAAAGGGAUGAUGUCAUUUGUCAAGAGCAAGGAAGACGAGAACGAGCUUCGGAAAGUGAUGUAUGGAAUGAAAGACGUCGAAGAGGCCGACGUCAAUGGCGAUUCCUUGACCGAGGCAAACCCCGAGAAAAAGAGCGAAAGCGGGUCGGCCGAUAAAGAAGGGUCUGGAGAGAACAACCCUAGCAGCAACGUUCAAAAAGAAGAUGACGACGAAACUGGAUGGGAAUCAGCCGAAACGGAGGGAGAACAAACCGCAAGCAAUUGUCAAAGUAGCGCCGCCUCUGCUGAUCCACCAGGAAUCGGUCAACAGGACGAACAGGCCCCUGAGCAGUCCAGACAGGCAACAGAAAGCAAUCAAAAAGCUGGAAACAUGAAAGAUGAUCCGCCAGGGCAAGCCGGCGAGCAAACUUCGUCUGAGCUCUCAUCAAUCGGAGAAACAAUCGAAACGAACGAAGACUGCUUGACGGACGACGAUUUAGCGAGUCUACGGUCCAUUCAGACAGCGCAUGUGGAGCAGUAUCUCUCUCGCCAUGGUUGGAUUGUGGAAAAGGCUCUUGUCGCUUUCACAAAGCAACCGAAAAAAGCAGUUGAAGAGGCGGGUGUACCACUGGAACCAUUGCUUCGCGCAAAGAAAAGAUGCAAUGCCAAAACUGAUGAAGCCAACCAGGAUUCCAUGAGCAGCAGUGUUUGCUUGAUCUGUUUCGAUGAAUUUGGCAUUGUCGACAAAGAGAACUGGACAAACCUGGUCAACUGCUCUCAUUCGUUUUGCAACACUUGUCUUGGGGAAUAUUUGGUCGACUGCGCGCAGUCAAGAUCAACUGGCCUUGCUGUGCCGUGUCCCCAUCAUGAAUGUGUGAUGCCCAUGUCGUUGCCAGAAAUCACGGCGCUUGCCCCCAGCAAAGAAACAUUUGCGUUGCUGACGAAGACCGCCAAUGACAACUUUGUUUCGAGUGCGUUGGAUCUACGUUUUUGUUCACACCCGGGAUGCGAGGGAAUUGUCAAGGUGAAGAUCAACCAAGACAUGAAGAAGUGGGGAGUGGACUAUGAACAGCUCAGCUGUGUUGGAGCAGUGUGCACUGCUGUUCACAAUGAGAGCGAGGCUCCUGGCCAGUGCUUGCCUGUCACGUACGAGGGAGUUGUUGAUCCCCAAACAACAAACUCACGAAGUUUGUCCCCACCGAAGAGCGCUCACAGGUUUUGCUUUGGGUGUGCCGAAGGCAAACCUCACUUUCCUGUCAGUUGUGAUGCGCUCGAGAACUGGAAGCAGAAAAUGAUGGAUGAAGUUGAACAAGUAGACGAAGAUGGUAACGCGCCAGACGGGGAUGAAAAGUACAGUGACAUUGCGCAACGACUAUGGAUGCGUGCAAACACCCGUCCUUGCCCAAAGUGCAAGGCCCCCAUAGAAAAGAACGAAGGUUGCAACCACAUGACUUGCUUUAAUCCCCAGUGCAAACACGAGUUUUGUUGGAUCUGUCGAAAGGACUGGAAAUUGCACAACACUGCAACUGGUGGAUUCUUCCGUUGCAAUCGCUGGCAAGAAGAAGACAACCACGAUUACUACGACGCUCCGCCGCCACCUGACCAAGUUCCGCCAGGGAUCACCGGUGCAGACGCCACUAAUGACGAGGUUAUGAACAACCCAGAGGUGAUGGCGCAAACUUAUGGCACAGCAAUGCAUGAGACUCGUAUUGCGUGGAGGAAAUCGAAGGAAAUGAAACGUUUCUUGCAUCACUACACGCGCUGGAAUGCACACAUGGAAAGUGCUGCAUUGGAAAGAAACAUGAGUGAAAACGUCUGCAGCCGACUCGCCCCUGUGGUGGAUGCUGCUGCAGAGUACACUUGCGAUCCAACUUUCAACUUUGACGGAAAGGGGUUGUCUUUCGUCCACGCAGCUUUCACCGAGUUGCUUGAAUGUCGUGCCGUCUUGCAGCACAGCUAUGCUUAUUCAUUCUUCAAGUUCGAAAGCCUUGCAAUGAAACGGGCAAGGCACGGAAAACGUCUAUGGAAUGAAAAAACUGCCUUUGAACAGCUGCAGUCAGAGUUGGAAACGAUCACAGAGCAAAUGAGUGACAUCGUUGCUCGAUCGCACUUGCGGGCAACCCAGACGCAAAUUCUUUUCUUGACAGUGGGGGCUUCAGAGAGGCGAAACGAAUUCUCAAAUCUAAUAUUCACUCUCAUGAACGAAGAAAAGAAGCGACAACAACAACAGAGCUCGAGCUCAGAGCGAAGGCGUUUCGUUGCAGCAGCGGGUCCAGCAACCCUCAUGCAGAGCACACCUGCUGCUGGUACACUUGUAGUUCAGGGGAUUGCAAACGGCAGGCGCAAUGGUGAUGGUGGUGAUGAUGACGUGCGUGUUGAAGACCAAGCGGCACAGCAGCAAAGUGUCCAAGAAACCGUUCGAGAGGCACUACUCGCUUCGCUGGAGCAAUUCAUGAACAAUACUGAUGACCGGCCCACUUUCGUUGCUCAUGUUGGCACUGAUGAUGCCGACGAAGAUGACUUCGAAGACGAUGAGGAUGAGGGACAAUUCAGAAGCUGGGCGUGUUCGGCAUGCACAUACAUGAACUCGAGCGGUCGGCGAUGCGCCAUGUGCGGGACUCCAGCGGGUGCAUAGUUGUAGCUGUAAAGCUGUUCCGGUAGCUAGCUCUCGCUCGUUACUUGGCUUCGCUUCAUACUGGACUUCUGGAUACCUGUAGCCUCUUCUGAUCGUUUGAUAGGAGCGGUAACGUAGCGUCCUUUCGGUUUACUGCGGCUGUUCUGUGUUUUUGGACG